AUGACCUGUGAAAGCAGCAGGCCAGAUGAGACGAAGCCUAUAGAGGUAGACACUCGGCAACAGGCUCGCAGGGACUGUCCGUGCAGGGUGCGUGGUAAUGACCUCCAAACUGUUUGGCCCCAGCUGACGGCAGGAUGCCUGCGCAGGCUCGACACCAAGAAGACUGUGGCCGACACUCACUGCAAAUCCCACCACUUCCACAAUCUCUAUGUUGGCGGCAACGGCGUCAUCGAAACCGGCUUCGCAGCCAAUCCGACCUUGACCUCUAUCUGCUACGCCAUCCGUGCGUCCAACAGUAUCAUCAAGAAGCUGAAGCCUCGCCGCGGAGGUGCCUGA